CAAAUAGACAGAGAGUCUUAACUCGCCGAGAGAUGUUUGAACGGAGAAGCAGGACUUUUACAUAGAGAGAAAGGUCAAACAUGACGGGUAGAGUCCGUCAAUGGUUGAUAAACCCCUUUAUAGCUCUCUCCUUUCUCUCUCCACACCCUCUUCCUCUCUCUCUCUAAAAUAAUUGCUCUCUCUCUUGGUGGUUCGUAGAAGGGUUUCGUGGAGGGGCUACUGUGGUUGCGUAUUUGUGGUGGGUUUUGGUCCAGGAGAUUCUACUCUGACAUUACUUUCCUGGGUUUUUUCUAAAUCUGGUGGACAGAAAAAUGGCACAACGUUCACAUGUACCAAAGUUUGGCAAUUGGGAAGGCGAAGAAAGUGUUCCUUACACAGCCUAUUUUGAUAAGGCCCGUAAGGAUCGAACUGGUGUCGGUGGAAAGAUGAUUAAUCCAAAUGACCCCCAAGAGAACCCGGACAUCCUUUCUGACAUAUCUGCAUCUUCUCCUCCAAAAGUUAGACCAGAACCUGAAAAACCAGUUCAUGAACGGAGAAGAAGCAGGGAGGAUAAUGACCUAAGAUUUGCCAACUCCCCAGCCCAGCGCAGAAAUUCUGGUGAAUCAGCACAUCAACCUAACAGAGGCCGUGGAGUUAGUUCUGGGGAUACCCAUCAAAGGCCUGCACGACCAAGUGCUGGGUCUGAGAACAGUGUUGAGCGUUCACCUCUCCAUCGCAAUGCGAGGGUCACAGGACGAAAUUCACCCUCCUGGGAAGGAAAGGCUUCAUAUGAAUCUAGCCAUGGCACUCCUGGAAGGUCCCGCCUCAAACCUCGCGAUGAAAGUCCUGAGAAAGGUGCUGCUGUUCCGAAAUUUGGCGAGUGGGAUGAAAAUGACCCGGCAUCAGCUGAUGGUUUCACUCACAUAUUCAACAAAGUGCGGGAGGAGCGGGCGGGAAAAGUACCAGGGACUCCUUCUCAGCCGUCUUACCAAGAUGCAAGAAAGCAGGGUUCCAAUGACAGUGUCAAGAGUUGCUGCUUUCCAUGGAGCAGAAAAUGAGAUUGAAUCGUACCUCGGAAUUUGUGGGUAAAUUAAAAGGUGUUUGGACCUGUAAAUAUCUUAAGGGCUCUGAGUCCACGAGGGAGAAGUACCUUCUAUAAAAUGCAUCCAUUUUUAUCUGUCUAAGGUUGUGUGUUAUUUUUGUAUUAAUAAAGCUUUCGUUCCAUUCUGAUUGGA